AUGAUGAUGGGCGUGUAUGCUGUGUCCACCGGUCAGUCCUUGUCCGUUCCGUAUCGGGCCCCGUCCGUAUCAAAGCUCAAUUGUGGGCUCUUGUUACCCCUCAUUAUAAAGAAGGAAAAGAAGAAGAUGAUGAUGAUGGUGGUGAUGAUGAUGAUGAUGAUAACGACGAAGGAUAUCGAAAUCCCAGACAACACUGCCACGGUGGCCAGGCAAGCGGCCUCCAUGCUGGAGCUUGUUUUGGACACGCAAAUGCUACAACCGGCGGCAUCGCUGGCGUCUUUGGUGCGGCAACAGCCUAGUAUGGCGGUGCUGAGCCUCGCUGUGCCGCCGCUACUGCCCCGACUACUGCCCGGGCGGCAGACGACGACGGAGGCGGAGGCGCCCACGACGGCUGCGCAAGUGCUGCGGCAGGUGCUGCUGGCGCCGUUUGGUACCGUCAACGCGUCGUACUCGCUGCUGACGUCACCGGUUGACAGCAGCGCUAGCAGUGGUAGCAGCAGUGGCCUGUUUUCGGUUGGGAGCAGUUUACUGGAUCAACGGGGCGCGGAGGGGACGGUGGCGGCGGCGGCGGCGGCGGUAGCGCUUGCAGUUCAAGAGCAGUUGCCGGUCGUUGCAACCACCAUCACAAUCGCCACAACCACUGCCAACGGCCGUUCCGAGGUGCUGGUCGCCGUUUACCAUCCUGUCUAUGUGACCGGGGUGACCGCGGGGGAAACCUGGGGUAACGCUUUAUCGAAUGAUGUCCUAAACAGGAUAUGUGGCUCCGGAGCCUGUUAUGACUCCAGAUCCGAAACCAAGCUGUGGGGUUUUGUUGUGGCCUUGGGCUCGCUCAAUGCGUUGGCUAACAGCCCCGAUACGGGACUACAAGGCCUGUCGGACAAGAAUUAUCAGUACAGGCUCACCGUACUUCCCAGCGGCAGUGGCGGAUCUCAGGGGGUGGACAUAGCGGCCAGUGCACCGCCGCCACGUGCACGGCAGGGUACGGCAGCCGUACCCGUACGGCUAGCAGGACCGCGGUCGGGGUCUGCGGCUGCGGUGGCAGAGACGGGGGCGGAGCUGCUUGUCGAUCACGAUGACGCCUGGCAAACCGCCUGGGAGGGGCCCCUGAUCGCGGCGACUGUUGUGGCGUCCUUGGUGCUGAGCGCGUUCUUCUUCUCGAUGCUCUUCAAUUAUUGGCGCCAUAUGGCCAUGCUGCAGGCGAUGCUGCCGGAAAAGGUUAUCCGCGUCCUGGGCACCGGAUCCAAUUACUACCAACACUUCGACUGUGUUACGGUGUUGUACGCGGAUGUCGUACGGUACACCACCGCCAAGCCGCAGCAGGGAGACUCAGUACCCACCCUGGAGGUAGUCAAGCUGCUGAAUGACGUACACGCGAUGUACGAAUCGAUUAUUGAGAAAUACGGCUUGGUUCGCAUUCGUAGAAGCGGCGAGUCCUUCCUGUGUGUGGGCGGCUGUCCCACACCUGACGAGCCGGUGACGGUGGCGACCCGUGUGGCUGCAUGCGCCCGGGACCUGGUGCUGGCCACAUCGCGGUUUCGGGGCGUGGGGGGCUUCCGCGUCCAGAUUCGUGUGGGUUUGCAUUCCGGUCCGGCCGCGGCGGCGGUGGUGGGUUCAAAGAUGCCGCGAUUUUCACUUUUCGGUGAUGUCGUGGAUGUGGCCUAUUUCAUGGAGGCCACCUCCCGGGCUAUGGCGAUCCACGUGUCAGAUAGAACAUCGGAGCUGCUCACAAAAGCGAGGUGGACGGAGGAGAAGACGGAGAGGGCCUGUUUCUUUGAGGUGGCACGGCCGCACGUUGCUGCACCGCGUUCUGCCUUUCCGUGGUCUAGGAGGAGACACACGCGACUUUGUGCAGCUGGGGAGCUGAUGUUGCCUUUUACGCUUGUCAUCAUUGCCAGUUAUAUUUUGUACGGCGGGUGA